AGUUGGAGCUCGUACGGUGACCAUCGCGGAACGCGCGCGCGCGUCAAUUGACUUCUGUGGAGAACCAUACAAUACCCAGCAAUUUCUCUCUUGGUUUUAAGGGUGAAGGGAGAUACAAUUUUAAUAUCCAGCGAGAGAACAUCUUUGCCCCAGCACUGUACGUGGUAUUAAAAAAGAGUGUUUUAUCUGGACCAUUUUGCGUGGAAGUGGAUCAAAGUUAAUAAAUUCGCACAAAUGGCUCAAGCCAUCGGCAGGAUGUUUUUGGAAAUUCUGUGAAAAUUGAUAUUGUCAAGUGUUUUGCAAGUUAAACGGUCUUCGGGGCGGUGAAGAUAGAAGAGAAAAAAGAAACCGUGUUUUUCCCUUGUGCUUUUUUUUCCCAACCAUCCCCUAUUUCCUUCAUUAUGAUUUUCGCAGAACUUUGACCUUUCAUGGACGUCUGCAGCUUCAAUUUUCGAACUUGUGUGUUUGCUGAAAAAAUUAUCCUUUCGUAAGUGAUUUCAGCCACAGGAAUCCGCCCCUUCAGUUAAUUCUAAUCUAACAAGUUGCUAUUCGGGAGUGUAGAAAAUGCUCAUACAUAAACUGUGAAAAAAAGUCCAAAAGUGUAGAAGUAUAGGACAAAAAGGGAUUACAAUAAACACGGUAUAAUUGAGAGAGUUUAUUAGUGGACACAUGGAGAUAAAAAGGCCAAUUAUGAAAUGCCAAAUUGUGAAUUUUCCCUUAUAGUGACUAAAUAAUAAAAGCGUUUAUUGUUUUUGCCUUAAAAUUGGUAUUUUUUUAAUCGAUAGAGUGUACUUUAAAAAAAAAAUUAGCCCUUUUAAAUAAAUAAAUAGAUUAAAGCUCAAAGGAGUCUUCUAAAAGCAUAAUUUUAAUGUCUAAAUAAUAUAUACGUAAAUGAAUGCCAACCACACCAUAUGGGUACUAAAGAAAUAAUUAAAAAAAAAACAUGCAAGAGAACACUCAAAGCAAAGUGAAUAGAGUUAAGUUUGAUAGUGAAAGAAUGCUGUGAGAUUUAUUGGAGUGUCUUCAAUUUGAUGCUGACAAACAAGUGCUCAAAUUCAAUUUGCAUUCUUGAGGGAAAGAUUCCUUCUAAACUCGGAUUAAUUUAGCACACUCAAAAGUACUCAAAGAAUAUUUCCCUCAAUGAGGAAGUCUUUACUGUGAGAUUUCAGAAAGGGGGAUUCACUUGAUACACCUGGAAAUAAAUAACCCUCAUCAAAAUGCAAUUGACUGUCACAAUGAUACUAUCACGAGUGGCAUUAAUCCUAAUUGGAGUGCUAAGUGCAGUACCAAUUAGUGUUGGUCAACAGCAGAAAUUUCGAAUUGUUCCACAAGAUCUCCAAGUCCUCGAGGGUUCUGAGGCGCUGAUGCGAUGCGAAGUGCAAAAUCUCGCGGGACAAGUGCAAUGGACCAAAGAUGGAUUUGCUCUGGGAUUCUCAGCUGUAAUUCCGGGCUAUCCGAGGUAUUCGGUGUUGGGUGAUCGAUCUCAAGGUGUUUACAAUUUGAGAAUCUCCAAUGCCUCCCUGGAGGAUGAUGCUGAGUAUCAGUGCCAGGUGGGACCAGCUAAAUUGAAUUCAGCAAUUCGAGCUAAUGCCAAACUCGUUGUCAUAUCACCACCAUCUCAUAUUGAAAUUGAGGGAUAUGCUCACAAUUCCAAGGUGGAAGUACGUCAGAAUCAGGAUCUAACACUCACUUGCAUCGUGUCAGACGCUAAGCCACCAGCUCAAAUUCAGUGGUUUCGCGGAAAUGUGGAAUUUAAGCCUGACAAUCGUGAUGACAAAGUGACACAGACGCAUGGAAAACGCUAUACAACCACAUCUCUUCUCCGAUUACACCCUUCAGCAGAUGAUGACUACACAGAAUACUCGUGUCAGGCUAGACACAAAGCCCUACAAUCUGAUAUGCCGAUGCGAGCGACUGUCCAGCUAUCUGUUUUGUAUCCGCCCGGAGCACCGUACAUUGAAGGAUAUCAACCGGGUGAAACACUGCGGAGGGGCCAAAAUGUUGAGCUUGUCUGCCGAAGCCGAGGAGGUAAUCCUCCGGCACAGCUAAUUUGGUACAAGAAUGGUGUUCAAGUUCGCAUGGCUUAUAGAACCGCCGGAAGAUUGUCUGAAAAUAUUUACACAUUCACUGCAGAAGCUAGUGAUAAUAAAGCGAGAUUUCGAUGUGAAGCCAGUAAUAUAAUGUCUCAGGUCCCACUGAAAGCUGAAGUAGAUCUCACAGUGUUGUUUGCUCCCACGCACGUUACAAUCUCUGGGCCCUCAGAAGCAAGAGUCGGCGAUAUUGUUCCAUUGCAGUGCAGUACAGCCCCAUCGAAUCCACGUGCGGAAAUUAAAUGGAUGGUCGGUGGGCAGCUCAUUAAGAAUGCAUCUUCAAGAACUGUUGUCAGUUCCGAAGGUGGAUGGAUAACAACGUCGAAUAUAACAGCAUCAGUGGAACCCAAUAAACGAUCUCUUGUGGUCAUAUGUCAUGGCUUGAAUAUGCAACUAUCGGAGAAUGUAGUAUCGACGCAUACAGUUAAUAUAUUAUAUCCACCAUCACCACCCAUUAUAUCGGGCUAUGUGGAGGGAUCUAUAAUACCAGCAGGAUCUGUGCAGAAAUUGCUCUGUGUGUCAUCCGGUGGGAAUCCACUGGCAACACUCAAUUGGUACAAAAAUGACAAGAAGAUAAAUUCUGUGAUCCGAACAACUGAUAAAUCAGUUUCGGCCGAAUUGACAAUUCUUGCUAAUGUGACGGAUAAUCAAGCUCGAUAUCGCUGUGAGGCUCACAACAGUGCUACUGAAAUUCCUCUCUUUGAGACUAAAACGCUGAGUGUUCAUUUUGCACCGGAAACUGUGAAAAUCCACAUUGAACCGGAAGAAUUGAAGCCAAAUGUUAUUGCUACACUCUUUUGUGAUUCAAGUUCCAGCAAUCCACCAUCCAAAAUUACUUGGUGGCGCGAUGGAAUUCCCGUUGAAGGACUAAACAAUUCAUCAAAGCCAGGACUGUGGGGCGGUACAGUUUCAUCUUUGGAGCUGAAAGUGAAUGUGACCCAGGAAAUGAAUGGAGUUGUGUACACAUGUCAAAGUACAAAUGAUGCUCUUCAACGUAGCGUACAUGAAGUAGUUAGUCUUCAAGUGUUGUACGCUCCAAUAUUCAACCCACCCCCAUCAAACACCGUGGUCGGAGUUGAGGGUGAACCACUGCAAGUGUCUCUGGUGGCAACAGGCAAUCCACAAUCGAUUGCAUACACAUGGACCAAAGAUGGUGUGCCAAUUUUAAACACUGCAAAUGGAAUGGACAGAAUCAUCUCAGAGGGACCGACACUCAAUAUCACAAAACUCGGGAGAAGUGAUGCCGGCACGUACACUUGUGAGGCUGUAAACUCUCAAGGAUCUGCAAUGAUUAACAUAAGUGUCAUCGUUGAAUAUGGCACAACAAUUACGGGCAUCUCAGAAAAUGUAGUGGUGAAUCCAGGUGAGGAUGCAAUGUUGUCCUGCUCGGUGGAAGGGAAACCUCUCACACUUGAACAUGUGAGAUGGGAGAGAAUGAACUACGAUAUGACCAUCAAGACAUCAACAACAUUUGUCAACGCCACGUCCUACUUGCACAUCAAAAAUGCCCAGAGAGAGGAUGUGGGCCAUUUCCGAUGCAUAGCAGACAAUAGAGUGGCUAAUCCCACCAGUAGAGAUGUCCUGCUUGUUGUCAAAUUUGCACCAGAAAUAGAUAAAUCACCGCCACUCUUGAGGGCGGCCACGGGUGCGGGUGAACGUGGUCGGUUGCCCUGCCGGGUCGAGGCUGCCCCUAAGCCAACAUUCGUCUGGGCUCGCAGUGGGCAGCUAUUGAAUGUUAACCAGUCUUCAAAGUAUUUUGUGGAGACGAAGCAAUUGGACUCAAUCACAUACGAGUCCAUCCUCCUGAUAGAGCGUGUGACGCCAUCGGAUUAUGGGCAGUACGAGUGUGUUGUCAAGAAUGAAUUGGGUGACACAAAGGAGAACAUAAGGCUCGAUAUCACCUCACCGCCGGACACCCCAAUCAAUUUAACUGUGGUCAAUGUGACCCAUGAUAGUGUCACAUUGACUUGGACACCAGGAUUCGAUGGUGGCAUGAAGGCAAGCUACAGAAUACGCUUCAGGGAGGCAAAUAGUGAGCACUAUCGGUAUGAGGAUGGCUUGCCGGGAGUACACAAGAUAACGAUAAAUGGCCUGAGAAUGAAUACAAUGUACUUGUUCUCAAUAAUGGCAUCAAAUGCACUGGGAAGUAGCAAGUACCUACCGGAUCUCGCUAAGGCCAAGACAAAAGAAGUUCCUCCAUCCUCAAAAUCUACCUUCUCCCUUGGUGUCAGUCCCACCGUAACAACACCUUCGGGUGGCACUUCGGGACUGCUCCUCCUUGUGGGAGUGGUGUCGGGCACUGUCCUUGUCCUUCUUAAUGUCCUUUUGAUCGGUUGUUGUCUCCAUCGACGCACCCAAGAGAGAAUUAAGAGAGGACUCGAAACAGUUCCGGCAGAAUUACUAGAGAAGGCUCAAGUGCCAAAAUUGGUAAUUGUCGGAAUUGGUUUGGCCGGACUUGGACUGUUAUUAGUGAAUGCUGCUCUUGUUGCAUGGUUUAUUAUCCGUAAAAGAUCCAAAGAGACAUCGACACAGAAUAGUAAAUCUGCCACAAUUGAAAUGUACGCACCCAGUUCUUACAAUGAUACUGUUACUGGUGAGACACUGUCGAGUGUUUCCGAAAAGAGUGAUUCAUAUUCAAAUGAGGGAAGUCAGCCUGAUUACAUGGAUGACACACGAAAGAAGGUGGCAUCGACUUAUUUGGUGGAGCACAACGACAUCCCACCGCCUAGAUACCAAAGAGAUGGGACUCUGCCUUGCCACUAUCCCAACAAUACUGUCGUCAAUUCCAGCCACACAAGAACACUGCCCCAUCCGCGCCACAAUAAUCAACACGCGGAUCAACGGUCGCGAGAUGAUCAGAUGCUAGGCAAGACCUACAUGCCGGCACCAUCGCCGGCCCCACCCUUGGACGGGUCGUACUACAAUAUGAACAGCGACCGAUACUUAUCCUAUCCACCGAUGGAUUAUCCUCAAAUGGAGUUUACCAAUCCACCGUUGUCUGUGAGUCACCUGCAGACGGCUGGAAGUGGGACUCUGAGGCGUGGAAUGAAGGGGGUGGUACCACCCCCAGACGUCACGCAUCACACCACAAAAGCCACCCACGACAUGCAGAAUUCAUCGUCCCAGACGAGCGGGAAUCUCAGCAAUAUCUCGCAAGUGUCGCAAUCAACGCCAAAACAGCCACAGGGUAUCUUGAAGGAUUCCAAGAGGAAUCAGCAGCACAACAUGCAAAUACUCAAUGUACAAAAUGCGCCGGGCGUUGACAGCAAUUUGCUGAUUGGUGUCAAUGCUGCAGCCUAUGAUCAGCACAAUCUCAGCUCCUUCAAUGCCCAACUCGGCUACACGGACGCCGAUGGGCAUUUGGUAUAGAAGGACACCCCAUGGGUGAUCUCACCUUUUGCCCCCUCCAAAAUGCUCCUCUUUUCCACAAUUAUCAAUUACUCUAGCAUUUAUACAAUUGUACUAGUAUAGGGAGAAAUUUCAUAAAUAUUUACGAAAGGAAAAAAAAGUAUUCAAAAAAAAAUCCACUGAGAGAAAAUUAAAGAAGAAAAAAACUCAUAGAUUUAUUGAGAAGAACAUUUAAAAAAAAAUAAUUAUUAGAUAGAUUAAUCUACAAGGGUAAUUCAAUCUAUCGCAACUUUUUCCCUGUGAAUUCAUUAUUUAUUAACUCUAAUUACAGGGUUGUAAAAUUACAUAAAAUAUACUCAGUUAUAUUGAUCCACUGACCAAGGGAGAAUUUAUGGCCAUUUCAUGAAAUCUCAGCUAAUUUUAUUUUCAACAGCAUUAAUUAUUAAAUUCAAAAUUUUAAUGUAUUUAGCAUCGUGAUAAAUAUUUGCUCAUAUUUCGUCUGAAUUCUGCUCAAAAUCAAACAACACUAAUUGCAAAUUCAUAAAUUAAUACAGCUAUUCUUCUGAAUACGCACUAUUAUUAAUAUUUUCUAAGCUGGGGUGUUUUUCCCAGUCCUAGGAGCCCCGGAGUUCAAUAUCAAUUUAUCACGUGAAGGGCAACUCAUAAUCCCAUUGAGAGUAUUUGAGAAAAAAUUUGCAAAACCAAAGAUUUGUUUUGUGCAACUCAAUAAAUUGUUUCAAGAAACUCUGUGAGACACAAAAUUACUUUGCGAAACCAAAACAAUCUAACGAUUUUUAUUUCGAAAUGCUUCCGUUCAGGGAUAACCUUUCGAAGAGAUAAACCUAAGCCAAAACUUUUCGAAAAUCGACCGAUAGCCUAAAAUAAAAGUUUACAUAUUUGCCGCUUGAGCGCUGACUCUUUUUCCAUUUCGAAUUUUCGAUAUUCUUGACACUUCAAUUGUCAACAGGAGUGCACGUUUCUGGAAUUUCAGGAUGCAUUUCUGACAGAAUGUUGAUGUUUCCACCUACACAACUGCAGGUAGAGUAGAUUCUUCCAAAUUCGAACGUUUCGAGUGUAUUUUUGACAUUUAUCACCUCCCAAAUUCAAACGAUAUUUUCAAAACUACAGUAGAGUUCCUCAAAUUUGAACAUUUGGAGGGGAUAGAUGACAUAUCUCACUCCUCAAAUUUGAACGAUAUUUUCAAAAACGUAACGGAAUUCGUCUAAAAUUCACUUUUCGUAAAUUUAGGAAAAUAACUUUAGCGAAUUUUAUGAAUUGAAUUUGUUGUUAAAUAGGUGGAAUUUGUUGAGGAAAUUAAUAUAAUACGACAAUAUUGAGGAAACACUAGAGAAAAAUAGUUUUAAUUCAGACUCCAUGCAAAAUUUCUUUUACAUAACCUUCCAUUUUACAUUUUGAAUGCAACUGUCGUUCAAAUUUGAGGAGUUCAGAUUUGAGGAACUCAACUUUAACUGAAUUUAUGUGACACUAAAUUGUACUUUCCCUGUAGCCGAUCGGCCGCAAAGUUUCACAGUAACAGAAAAUUCCCUGGAAUUUAUCUUCUAUUUUUCCGCGAGAGUUUCCGUGGAAAUAAACGCUAAUAUUCCGCUUGGAAUUCUGCGGAGUUAACAGCUUUUUUUCGCGUGGAUUUCCUGGAAAAAAAGUCCGAGGAAUUUUCUUGCAACAUAUCUGAGAGCAUUCCCUGGAAAUUGAUUCAAAAUUUCCUUUGAAUAUUCCGAGUAUAUUUUCUGAUAUCUUUCCGACCAAUACUCCAUAGAAGUAAACGCGAAAAUUCUGCAAUUAUUUUUCGCCCUAACGCUAUAAUUCUUGAGAGCUAGACAUACUCAAAUGAACGAUUCAAUUAAAUUCAACUAAGGGCUCAUAAUUUUGGACAGUUUCUAAAUUUGGACACUUUGAGGGUAAAAUUGGACACUAAAAAUAAAUUGAUUAAAAUUACAGAUUUUUAUUCCAAUAUUUGAUGAAUAAUUAAUUCUAUUUAAAUAUUUGUUGUUUUUGGAAGAUUUUAACACUGAAUACGAUCAUUUUUGUAUAAGAUUUGAGUUAAAAUUGCUUUGUUGAAAAUUCAGUGUGAGCAAUUGCUUACGAGAAAUAUGACUUAACUUCGUGGUUACUUUAGCCUUAUUUAUACCAUAAACCUCUCCUUCUGUCUUUUCUUACUCUUAGUAUUAAUCUUACGAUGGUGUCACAUAUAAAAUUAAUACUAGGAGUAAGAAAAACGGAAAGAGAGGUGUAUAGUAUGCAAAAUUUCGAAUGGAAAAUCACAUGUAUAAGAAAAAGUAUACUCUGGUGGCGUAAUACGAUGAGUAAGAUAUUACUGUUCGUAUUAAUUGUUUUCUGAAUAGUAGAAUCAGCGCUUCAAUCAGCGCUUCAAUCAGCGCUAUGCGGCGAGUACGUGAACUUGCACUUUAGGCUUCCAGUAGAUUUUCGAACAGCUUUGGCUUGGCUUUAGAGUGGUUUUAUCUCUUCGAAAGGUUAUUACUGAACGAGAUGAUUAUGAAUCUCCUUGCUUUGAUUUUUCUCAUCAAAGUCAGGACUCUCCUGUAAGUCGAGACACUUUGAAAAAUCGAACAGGAAACACUUCAGCCACCACGUGGACGAAACAAGAAGUAAAAAUAGCUUUUCUUUGGCUUUCGAUCUUCAAAUCGAAAUCGAUCUUCGAAUAUGUUUUUUUGUAUUCGUACUGUUUGUAUCCGAAGUUUCGCAGUCUAAAAGUGUCUUAGCUAAAUGGUGAAUUGUACUGUUUUUCGGAAAAUGUCUCUUUAUUUGCGAAAGUUCAUAUGCUGUCUUUCCGUCUCUGUUUUUAAUCAAAAUAAACAUAUAAAUGGCCAGUAAUUUCUCUUGGUAUCUCAAAGACUUCCGUAUGAUCUCAGAUUUGCAAUUUAACUCCUGUGUCUGAUGCACAAUAAUAUGAUUUAUUUCACAAGUUUGUAAUUUGAACUCAUGCAAAACGGACAAUUGUGAAAGUUUCAUGACAGCACUAAAGUCACCUUAAAGUUGCAAACUUGUCAAAUUAAUUUAAUGUUUAAUUUGUGGUUUUUGGGUAAAUCAAUUUGAAAAUUAUGACCACAUUUCUAGACUGAUAGUCUCCAUGGCCAGAAGAACUUUGUUACAUUUGUGGAAUUCUUGUUUUCAUUUACUUUGCAAGAAAAAAAAAGAAAAGUAUUUUGAGAGGAUGUUUGUACACUUCUCUUUUGAGAAAUCAAUAAAACAAAUGAAAAAAAAAACAUCACAAGAACGUACUAAAGGAAGAAGCGAGUAGAAUACGGCCUAAUUGUGCACAAAAAGGAUUUUUUUAUUUAUUGCCGACAAAAAAAGGUCUCAAAAAUCAAUUAAAAGACAAAUAAUAUUUGCUUUGUCUUUAAUCAAAUUUAGUUUUUUAUAGUUUUUAUUUUUAUUAAAAUUAAAGAAAACAAUUCCCAGUGAAUCCUCAAUUUACUUCACUUCUUCUAUCUCUCAAUAUUGAAGAUGAUAGGAUAAAAACUUCUGAAUAUUGCAAGAAAAGAAAGAACAUUAUUAUGUUUUUCUGUUAGUUUGAAAAAAAGUGAUAAAAGUUUGUUUUGUGAGCAAUUUAUCUUUCAUUUUACGUAGAGAAAAGUUUAUGAGUAGUAAACAGGAUGAAUUUUGCGAAAAAGAAAAACAUCUUGUAUUCCAAUUAUGCUCAAUGUUUGAAAACAUUUUAUUAUUUUUAAGUGUUGAAUGUUGUUUUUUUUUCCUGGUGUGAGAAAUAAUAAACAGCGGAUAUUUCAAAUAAAUUAUAAUAAAAUUACCUAAAGAAUACUCUCCUUGAAAUGUGACGAAAUCUGAACAAUCGAAUUAUGUACUUCGAAAAAGAAACAUAGAUUUUAUGGGUAAAUUUGUAAGAUGAGAAAGAAAUUCCAAGAAAUAAUUAACUGUUAUUUUAAAUAAACUCCCUAAAAGAAAAGAGAUAUAAAAAAAAUAAUUAGUUGAGAGAAAUAAAUGAAGAAAAAAAUUGUAAAAUAUUCUUUAAAAUGUAACAAUUGUAAAAAAAUACAAGAAAUUUUUUUUAUUCUUGUUUUUUUACAAAUUCAGGGAUUACAAUCUCUCUAUUUUACUGUAAAUACUUUUUUUUGUGAAUUAUUGCAUUUUUAUAUUAUUUUUAAGAUUUUUUUAUAAAACUUCUUUCCCCGAUACCUCACCUAGAAUUAAAGAAAAAUACAAAAAAAAUUAAAGAAUAAUUUAUUUAAGAUUAAUUAAAAAAAAGAGAUUAAUUUACAUUUAAGGUAUUAAAAUAUUUACGUGAAUUUCUUACAGAAUAGCACAAAGAAAAGAAUACCAAACAUGCCAAAGAUGUGUUGAUCCCCCUAUCCCUGGCCAUUUAAUGGUGGGAUGCAGAGGGAAUCAAAGAAAAAUUUUAUUCUAACAGCUGUUGUGGAAUUUCCUAAAACAGCCAAGAGGUUAUGAUGCAAAAUUAGGUUAUGUUGAAUGAAACAUAACGUAGAAACUUUGAAAAACGUUGAGUGGGAAAUUCAUAUACAGGAAGUUCCGCUUUGAAUGAAAUUUUCUUGAACGAAAAAGAGCCCGCGAAUUUACUCCAGUGACACAGAAAAAUUGCAUACCCACAGGAGAUAUCCUUGUAAUAAGAGAUCGAACCGCCAUGAUGUAUGCAAAACAUUUCCUCGACAACUUUCAGGCUUUUUUCAGCGCAAAAUUUGCAUAUAUUUAGGGGCAAUUCAUUUUUUUUAGAGAUAAGCUCCCAAUAGUAGGCAGUUAAUAAUCUACUUCUUUCAAUCCAUUUUCACUGAAGCCAGAACUCUCUGUAUCAUCAACAACGUAGAGAAACGAAUAUAAUACGUCGGCUUCGCGGGACAAAAAUAUGAAUUCUUUAAAGACAUCUACACACUGAAAGUAAUUUUUCUUAAAAAUUUGCCAUAAUAUUGACGUUUCUAUGUACAGCAUAAAAAUGCAUUAAAAAUUUACCACGUCAAAAACAUUUGCAUAUAUUUUGGGGCAAUUCAAAAAAUAUUUUACAAAUGAGCUCCCAAUAGUAGGCAAACCAUAUCAAAUUCUUUCAAUCUGCUUUCACUUAAUCCGUGACUCCAUGUAAAUUCUUAAUUCUUAAACUAAUUUAUUUUUCACUUAGAACAAAUAAAUAUUUACCAUAACCUCAUAUUUGUUUAGUAGAGAAAAUAUUUUUAAACUGAAAUCAAGUUUUAUCACAAAGUUACUUCGGUUAUCAAAAAGUGUGACUUGCAAAUCAAUACUCACAAUUACAAUAAGUCUUUUUUGAAGUUUCUAAACAAUUUAAGAGAAAUAUUUUAAAAAUUUUGAGGUUAUGUGUGACCUAACUAUGAAAAAGCGGGGUUUGAAGCGUACAGGUGUUUGAUCUGUUCCUUCGAUGUCUAUGUGGCUUUAAAAAAAAGCACUCUUGCAAUGGUGUAAAAAUUAAUUUUGAAUUUACUUAUUGUCAUGCAUAAUAGACAGAUUGUAAAUAAAAGCCGAAAGGUAGUGAAAAAAAUGGCCAAAAUGCAACCUUGACAAGCUUAUUUUGACGUUUAUUCAGUUUCAAAUGGAUCUUAUUUACAUCUGACAUAAAUUUAAAAAUUUCUUGGUUAUGUUAUUACAAACAUAACCUCACUUUGCAACCUAACCUCUUGCCGUUUAGGAAAUUUUCACCACUGAUCAAAUGUGAUCUCAAGACACUUUCUACUUAUUUUGGCAACAAUCCUGUCUCAUUAAUAUUGCUCAAAAAGUAUUUUAAACAAAAAGAUUUAAAUGAUAAAAUAUAUCGGAACAUGAAGCACAUCAAUGUAAAUGAAGAAAAUAAACUUCCACUGAGAUGCCAAAUUGUAAAAAAAAAAAGAAUCGCUCACCUGACUGUUUUGCCAAAUUUACAGAAGGAACUAAUGUAACAAAUAAAAUAUUAUUUGUUUCUCUAAAUGGUUGUUUAGCAACUCAUAGUAUGUGUUUUAUUUCGAAUGGAGAGGACUAUUUGUGCCUUAAGAUCCCUGAAGAAUGAGAUGUGAAAGUUUUGAUGGUGAAAAAGUCAAAGAAAAAAAUCUCAAAUGUAAAAUUUUUUAGGUUAAUAAUGUAAAUAGACGUACAAUAACGAGAAUAGAUAUUUAAAAAAAAAAUGAAUUAAUAAAUGAAAAUGUAGGUAAAUAAAAUCAAACAGAUACAAUUCAGACAGAAUUUUUGCCAAUACUCCUUUUUGUAUUUAAAUUUUUAAAAUUUAUGGAAUAAUUAAAAACAUAAUUUUUUUCAGAGUUUUUAAAGCAUCACUGAACAUCAUGUGAUGAAAAUGCGCUAGAGAAAAAUAUAUUUAAAAAAAAAGUAAAUGGUAAAUGGAAAAAAAGAAUUGCCAAAAUAGUCAAAGAAAAAUUAUUUAGAAAAGAGGUGAAAACAAUCAAGUGAUAAAGAAUUUGCAACUGAGUAUUAAUUUUUGAUUUUUUAAAAUAAUCUUUUUGGUUUUUUAGAAGGUUGUUUAUGCAAAAUUUAAAAAAUAGAGAAAGUACGACUCUUGAAAAAAGUGAAACUCUAAUUAUACAACUCAAUUAAUAAAGACCUAAUGAGAAUAUUUGCUUCCAUCUCAUAGAAUUUUUAGAAUAUACAAAAAAGAGAAACAUAAAUCAGAAGAUGUGAAUUAUUACAAAAAGAAAAAAAUGAAUUUAAAUAAAUAAAAAAUGAGAGUUAAAUAGACACGAUUAUGUAGGCUAUAACUGUGACAAUUUUUAUUCCAUCUCAUUUCCAUAACAGAAACGUCUAUUAAAUAUUUUUUCCAACAAUAAAAUACUGUAAAAAUUUAAAAAAAAAAUGAAAAACAUCCCUUGAAAGACACUCUAGUUUAUUUGCAUUCAAAAAAAAAAAGAAGUGUAAAUAAGUAGCUAAACAAAGACUAGAAUAUUGUUGACUAACGAAAAAUAUGGACAUUAUAGACUAUUAUUUUGUAUUUCACAAAAAAAUGUAAAAAGAGGAAAAAAAAUUGAAUAAAUUAAAUCUAAGGCUAGAUAUAAAUACAGAAAAUACAUAAAAUGAGACAGAGUGAAAUUAGAAAAAAAUAAAUUGCAUAAAAAACAGUUGUAUUCAAUUACAUUAAAAAAAUGGUAAACAGAAGGACAAGCUAGACUUAAUAAAUAUUAUUAAAAAAAAAAGAAAAAUCCAUCCUUUUUCGUAAUGUACCAAUGUGUCAAUAAAAUGAAGAAAUAUUUAUUAAAAGAAAAGUAUUGCAUAUAAAAAUUCUUUCAUAUUUUAUAUACAUUACAAAAACAGAAAAAAACAAGAAAAAGAUACUUUAUAGAAUAAAUGGAAUAACAAGGAAUGCAGUUUUGCAUGCAUUUUUUUUUAAAUAUGCUGCAAAGAUGUAAUUGGAAAGGACGACUAUAUGUUUUAGUCAGACAUAAUUGUGUUAAUAAGACAUUGACUUUUGAUCAUGAAUAAUAAAAUUAAAAAUAAAUUUAUUGAGAAAGAAGAAAAAAAAAGAUAUUAAAUAUAUUAAAAUAGGUCUUAAUGUAAAUUGUUAACUCAAUAAUGUCUUAUGAACUCAUAUUAAUGUAGACAUAAGAGCCAAGAACUUAAUAAAAUUAUUCUGUCAUUAUAGAAAAA